AGUGAGACCAACAACGGUUGUUACCUAACUCCCCUUUUAACCGGGAAAUUGUUGUAAUUUACAAUUGUUUGGCUUCUUUUUUCUUCUUAACAAUGUUUUCAUCUAUUUUGUUAUCAUCCUACUUUCUUCUUCUCUUUCUUCCUUUACUUUCUCUCUUGCCUUUAUCAAUUCUCAUCCUCCAUAUCAUCCUUGGGUUAUAAACAAAAAAGUCCUUGAUAGGGAGAGAGACUUACGUUUUUAUGUUUUGCUUACCUUUACCUAUCUCUUUCCUCCUCAUCACCUUCACUGACAACCACACAUGCAUAGUUAACCUUAAGAUUGAAAAACUUUUCUUUCCCUUUUUUGGUUACCUUCUUUUUUCUCUUUCUUACCUUUUGGUAUCUACCUUAAUGUAUUUUUUGUGAUAAUCUCAAACAAAACUUCAAUCUGUAACCAUCAACAUCAACAUCUCUCUCAUCAUCACAUUUCAGUCAUUUAGUUCUGAGAUAUUUUUUUCAGUGUUUUUUUAGUCUCUUACAAUAGUAAUACCUGUUAAUCAAAUUGUUUAAUUACCAUUAACCUAUAUAUUCCUCUAAUAAGUCUUCCAAUUUUUACAUCUUUUUUACAACUUUUGUGCAAUAAUCAGCUGACUAUCAACAUUUUUGGCUUGAAAUUGUUUUUCUUCCAAUCUUCUUGAUGAAAAGUUUUUAUCAUUUUUGUGAUUCGCUUUUGUGAUUUAAGCUGUUUGUGCCUUUGAUUUUGUAUUUUUUAUACUUGGAUUUUUUACACUUACCUUUAACAACGACAACUAAAAUUACCUUUUAAAACUCAAACGUAAAACUAUCGAAAUGUAUAGUUUUAUCAAAGGUCCUCGACUUUUUGUCAAAGGAUCUCGUAAUUCGGAUGAUAUUGAUAACAUGGCCGAUGUCAAUGGUAACGACAUGAUAACCACUGGUGAGGAUAUUUCCAGUUCAGCCAUGCAUGUUGAUUAUCAGACGAAAACUCAUUUAGCCUCAGCUUCACAAGAGUCACGGGAAUUUUUCCGAAGCCAACAAAACCGAAGUGGCCUCAAGACAGUUCAUACUAAACGGGUUGUCCGUAAGACUACAACGGUAACACGUAAUGAGAGCAAGGAACCGAUUUCGGAUAUCAUUCAACAUGAUGAUAAUACCACAUUUAAAGAGGCUCUAUUAAGAUGGGCACAAAAAACAACUGAAGGAUAUCCUGGAGUCAAAGUAACUGAUUUCACCAAUAGCUGGAAGGAUGGACUGGCCUUUAAUGCCAUUUUACAUAGAAAUAGACCCGAUCUUUUGGAUUAUCGAAACUGCUCAACACGCAAUAAUCGGGAAAACUUGGAAAAUGCUUUCCGAAUUGGUGAACGUGAUCUUGGAGUUACCCGUCUUCUGGAACCUGAAGAUGUUGACACCAAGAACAUUGAUGAGAAAUCGAUGAUCACAUACAUUUCCUCUCUUUACGAGUUGUUCCCUGAACCUCCUGAACGAAAUCCAUAUCUUGAUGAUGAGAAAAUCCGUCGGGCUUUCAAAGAUUUCCAGGAAUGUUACAAUAGUUUACACUCUUGGAUGGUUGCCAAGGAUAAAAUGUUUGCCGUUCUUGGUCCAAUUCCCGCUGAACCUAGAACCAUUGCCACUCAAAAACAACAAUGCCAAGUUAUCCGAGAAGAGUUCAAAUCUCAAGAGAAGUCACUUCAAAGGUUUGAUGAUUGCGGUGAAAUUUGUAAACGGCUUUUGGAGCGUUCAAGUAUUGAGUACAAAGAAGUUGAUGAUCAAAUGGCCGAAAUUCAUGAACACUGGAAUAGGCUUUUGGAUCAACUGUCUGGUCGUGAAAGGGCCUUAUCUGUUGCUAGUGAUGCUGCCAGUCGAUACCAACAAAAGUUAGCUACUUUAACCCAAUGGUUGGAGAAGAGUGAACAUCGUUUGGUGACUUUGUCCUCAAUUCCAAGUGACAAGGAUCGUAUACGACAGAGAAUCUCUGAACAUCGUGCAUUCCAUCGCGAUAUCUUAAACCACAAACAUGAUUUCGAUGAUCUAACAGAAACUGCUCAGAAUCUCAUGAGUUCAAUUGGUGAUGAUGAAGCUAGAGUGGUUACUAGCCAAGUGCGUGGAGUUACUGAUAGGUAUGCUAAACUCAUCAAAGACAGUGAAAACUUAUCACAUGAACUGUCUGAAAGUCAUGAUAGUUGUGCCUUCAAUGAGACUCUAUUAAGAUGGGCUCAAAGGACCACUGAAGGAUAUCCUGGAGUUAAAGUUACCGAUUUCACCAACAGUUGGAAGGACGGACUUGCCUUUAAUGCCAUUUUACAUAGAAACAGACCUGAUCUUUUGGAUUAUCGAGACUGCUCAGGCCGUAGUAACCGUGAUAAUUUGGAAAAUGCUUUCCGAAUUGGUGAACGUGAUCUUAGAAUCAAGCGGGUUUUACAACCUGAAGAGGUUGACAGUAAAAAUGUUGACGAGAAAGGAAUGAUUAAAUACCUCACCUCUUUGUAUGAAAUGUUUCCCGAACCUCCAAAACGCAAUCCAUAUCUUGAUGAUGAGAAAAUCCGUCGGGCUUUCAAAGACUUCCAGGAAUGUUACAAUAGUUUACACUCUUGGAUGGUUGCCAAGGAUAAAAUGUUUGCCGUUCUUGGUCCAAUUCCCGCUGAACCUAGAAUCAUUACUACCCAAAGACAACAAUGCCAAGUUAUCCGAGAAGAGUUCAAUACUCAGAAGAAAGCACUUCAAAGAUUUGAUGAUUGCGGUGAAAUUUGUAAACGCCUUUUGGAGCGUUCAAGUAUGGAAUAUAAGCAAGUUGAUGAUCAAAUGGCCGACAUUCAUGACCAUUGGAAUAAACUUCUAGAUCAACUUUCUGGCCGGGAAAGGGCCUUAUCUGUUGCUAGUGAUGCUGCCAGUAAAUAUCAGCAAAAGAUAUCUGCACUUACCCAAUGGUUGGAAAAGAGCGAACAUCGUUUAAUGUCUUUGUCUGCCAUUCCAACUGAUAAGGAGCAAAUAAGACAGAGAAUCUCGGAACAUCGUGCUCUUCAUAGAGACAUCUUAAGUAAAAAGCACGAUUUUGAAGAUCUAACAGAAAUUGCUCAGAAUCUCAUGAGCUUGAUUGGUGAUGAUGAAGCUCAAAAUGUUGUUAGUCGACUUCGAGAUGUUACCGAUAGAUACGCUAAGCUCAUCAAAGACAGUGAAAACUUAGCACAUGAAUUAACUGAUAGUGUUGAAAGUAAAGCUUUCAACGAAGCUCUAUUAAGAUGGGCUCAAAGAACUACCGAAGGAUAUCCCGGAGUUAAAGUUACCGAUUUCACAAACAGUUGGAAGGACGGACUUGCCUUUAAUGCCAUUUUACAUAGAAACAGACCUGAUCUGUUGGAUUAUCGAGCUUGCUCAAACCGUGAUAAUCGAGGCAACUUAGAGAAUGCAUUCCGAAUUGGUGAACGAGAUCUCGGCGUUAAGCGUACUUUGGAACCCUCAGAGGUUGACAGCAACAAUGUUGACGAGAAGGCGAUGAUUAAAUACAUUGCCAAUCUAUAUGAGCUGUUCCCUGAACCUCCCAGAAGGAAUCCAUAUCUUGACGAUGAAAAAAUUCGUCAGGCUUUCAAAGACUUCCAGGAUUGUUACAAUAGUUUACAUUCUUGGAUGGUUGCUAAGGAUAAAAUGUUUGCUGUUCUUGGUCCAAUUCCUGCUGAACCAAGAAUCAUUGCCAAUCAAAAACAACAAUGCCAAGUUAUCCGAGAAGAGUUCAGAACUCAAGAAAAGGCACUUCAAAGGUUUGAUGAUUGUGGGGAUAUUUGUAAGCGCUUGUUGGAUCGAUCAAGUAUGGAGUACAAGCAAGUUGAUGAUCAAAUGGCCGACAUUCAUGAACAUUGGGACAGGCUUUUGGAUCAAUUAUCAGAACGAGAAAGAACCCUUUCCAUUGCCAGUGAUGCUGCUAGUAAAUAUCAUCAAAAAAUUGCUGCCCUCACCCAAUGGUUGGACAAUAGUGAACAUCGUUUAAUGUCUUUGUCUAAAAUUCCAACUGAUCAAGAUCAAAUCAGGCAAAGAAUCUCUGAGCAUCGCGCUCUCCACCUUGACAUUUUAAGUAAAAAGCACGACUUUGAAGAUCUAACAGAAAUUGCUCAGAAUCUCAUGAGCUUGAUUGGUGAUGAUGAAGCUCAAAUGGUUGUUGACCGACUUCGAGGAGUUACUGAUAGAUACGCUAAGCUUGUUGAGGACAGUGAAAACUUUUUACACCUGUUGUCUGAUUAUCAUGAAAGCUUGGGUUCUUUCGUUCUUAGUUUUGAGGAUAUUCUGGCAUGGAUUGAAGAAAUUGACUCACGACUAGAUCGAUUCCGUGCAUUAAGCGUCUACCUGGAUAAAUUGCGUGAACAACUUGAUGAGUUGGACGAAAUUAAUGAAGAAAUUGAAGAACAUCAAAAGCAAAUUAUCGAAGUCAACAAUACUGGACAAGAAGUGAUGAAACAUGCCUCUGGAGGCGAUGCAAUACAAAUCAAGGAAAAAUUGAAUGCACUUAAUGCCAGAUAUGAUGAAUUAGCUAACAAAGCUUCUGAAAAAUUGAGACAAGCUCAAGAUGCUUUACCUUUGUGUGAUAACUUCCAUUCAGCUCAUGAUCGUCUCAAUACUUGGAUGGAUGAAUCUGAGCGAGCUCUUAAAUCCUCUGCUUCUCUUAGUCUUAAUGUUCAAGAAGCAACCAUCCAACGAUUGGAAGCUGAACUACCAAAAUAUCGUUCACUUCUUGAACAAAUCAACCAUCUUGGUCCACAAUUAGGUGCAAUCUCUCCUGGUCAAGGUGCAGCUGCUGUUGACAACAUGGUUAACCGAGCUAACCGACGAUUUGAAGCUAUCUGUGAACAAAUUCAAAUUAUCAGCCGACAAAAUGAGCUUGAAAAUGCCUCACUUCGGUUAGGCCAAUUCCGCCACGCUUUAGAUGAAUUCUUAACAUGGAUGAGUCGAACUGAAAUGGCUCUUGAUGAAAUUAAACCAACAUUUGCUGAUGCUCAAGUGAUAGAAGUUGACACUGCCAAACUCAAGGUUCUUAUUAAUGACAUUGCUGCUCAUCAAACUAAUGUUGAUACCCUUAAUCGUGCUGGAAAAAUGUUGAUUGAAUCUGAUCGUGGAAGUGAAGAGGCUAGUGCCACUGCAGCUGAGCUGAAUAAGCUAAACACAAGAUGGCAACAACUUCAAGAUAAGGCUGCUCAACGACAACGAGAACUUGAAGAUAUUCUCAAAGAGGUUAUGGCAUUUAAUCAAGAGAUUCAAGAUCUACUCAUGUGGCUUAGUGACAUUGAUGGUCAAUUUGUUGCCUCUAAACCUGUUGGUGGGCUACCUGAAACAGCUCGAGAGCAAUUGAACCGAUUCAUGGAGUUGUACAGUGAAUUGGAUGUUAAUCGCCAUAAAUUGGAGUCAGUUUUAAAACAAGGCCAAGAAUAUUUGAAGAAAGCCCCUGAAAGUAACACACCUACACUUCAACACAACUUGAAGACUCUCAAAACUCGAUGGGACAGUAUUCUUAAUAGAGCCAAUGACCGUAAAAUCAAACUUGAAAUUGCUCUUCGAGAGGCAACCGAGUUCCAUGAAGCAGUACAAGAAUUUGUUGAAUGGUUAUCAUCAGCUGAAAAAUACUUAAACAAUAUGGGACCCGUUAGCUUGGUUAUGGAGCAUAUUUUACCCCAAAUUGAAGAGCACAAAAAUUUCCAAAAAGAUGUUUCAAAUCACAGAGAAACUAUGCUUAAUCUGGAUAAAAAGGGAACUCAUCUUAAAUAUUUCAGUCAAAAACAAGAUGUUAUCAUCAUCAAGAAUCUUUUGGUUAGUGUGCAACACCGUUGGGAACGUGUUGUUGGUAAAGCUGCUGAAAGAACUCGAGCUUUGGAUCGAGGUUACAAAGAAGCCAGAGAGUUCCAUGAUGCUUGGUCUAGUUUAAUCAGUUGGUUGAAAAAUGCUGAAGAGCAACUUGACAACUACCAACCUGCUGGAAAUGAUCCUGAAAGGAUUAAAUUACAUCUUAUGAAACACAAAGAAUUCCAAAGAGCAUUGGGAGCCAAACAAUCAACUUACGAUGCUACUAUUAAAUUGGGCCGAACAUUGAAAGAUAAAUGUCCGAAGUCUGAUGUUCCUAUCUUGAAUGACAUGAUUGAAGAGUUGAAACAACGUUGGAACUCUGCUUGUGCCAAAUCUGUGGAUCGUCAAAGAAAAUUAGAAGAAGCUCUUCUCUUCUCUGGUCAAUUUAAAGAUGCUGUUCAAGCUCUUAUUGAUUGGCUUGAUAAAGCUAAAGGUCGCCUUGGUUUGGAUAGACUUCAUGGUGAUUUAGAUACUGUAACAGUUUUGGUUGAACAACACAGAGCAUUCCAAGAUGAUUUAAAGAGUCGACAGAAAAACAUGACUACAGUCAAGAAAACUGCCAAUGAUCUUCUUGAUUCAGCUACUCCAUCUGAUGCAGCUUUGAUUAGAGAGCAACUUGUCACUCUUGAUUCUCGAUGGGAAGAGGUUGUUAGGAUGAGUGACGCCAAACAAAGAUGUUUAGAGGCAGCUUUGAAACAGGCCGAGGAAUUACAUAAAGCAGUUCAUCAAAAUCUUGAAUGGUUAUCCGAUGCUGAAAUGAAAUUACGAAAUGCCGGACCAUUACCAGAUGAUGAAGAAACUACUAAACAGCAAAUCACUGAACAUGAAAUGUUUAUUAGAGAAAUGUCCAAACAAGAGGUUAACAAAGAUUCAACCAUCUCAUUAGCCGAAGAUAUUCUUGCCAAAUGUCACCCUGAUGCUGUUUCUGUGAUUCGUCACUGGAUUACCAUUAUUCAAUCAAGAUGGGAAGAGAUUUCCAAUUGGGCUAAACAAAGAGAAGCAAAAUUGAAGGAACAUUUGAGAUCAUUGAGAGAUCUCAUGAGUAUUCUUGAAGAGUUACUUGCUUGGCUCAGGAAAGCUGAAGCUGACCUUUUGGCUGCCGAAUCUGAGCCACUUCCAGAUGAUAUUGAAUCUCUUGAGGGAUUAAUUGAAGAGCAUCAAAAGUUCAUCGAUGAAAUGAGUGCAAAACAACCUGAAGUUGAAAGAGUUACCAAAGCUUCCUCUACCGUACCAAAAUCAAAAUCAAGUGACGUUAAAGGAAGACGUUCAACCUCAAAAACUCGAGACUCUUCAAUCAACUCUCGGGCUGGAAGUGAACCUGAAAUUAAGAAUCCAAAAGCUCGUGAAUUGGUCGAGAAAUGGCGAAAUGUUUGGCUGUUAGCUAUGGAAAGAAUGAGACGACUUCAAGAUAAACUUGAUUACAUCCGUGAAGUUGAAAGAGUGAAAAACUUUGAUUUCGAUGAAUGGCGACGACGAUUUUUGGGCUGGAUGAACAACAAGAAAGCUCGAGUAAUGGACUUUUUCCGAAAAAUUGACAAAGAUAAUGACGGCAAAGUUACUCAAGAAGAUUUCAUCGAAGGAUUCCUUGCCUCUAAAUUCCCUACCUCACGUCUUGAAAUGGAACGAGUUGCACCGAUCUUUGAUCGUAACAGCGAUGGUUUCAUUGAUCACAAGGAAUAUCUCGAGACUCUUCGCCCUGACCGUGAUUUACCAAAGACUGAGGCUGAAAUCAUUCAAGAUGAGGUUCAACGACAAGUGGCUAAAUGUACUUGUGUUCAUCGAUACAAAGUGUUCCAAGUUGGCGAAGGAAAAUACCGAUUUGGUGACUCACAAAAACUCCGACUUGUUCGUAUUUUGAGAAGUACUGUAAUGGUUCGAGUCGGUGGUGGUUGGGUUUCUCUUGAUGAAUUCCUAAUCAAAAACGAUCCUUGCCGAGCUAAAGGACGCACGAAUGUAGAGCUUCGAGAGCAAUUUAUCUUAGCUGAUGGCGUUAGCCAAGGCAUGGCUGCAUUCAAAUCCAAGCCCGUAAUUAAUCCAAAGACAGGCGCUAUAUCGACUGUCGGUCCAAUCAUCAAGAUUCGAGAAAAAACCCAACUCAGUGUGCCCAUGUCGCGUUCAUACCGUUUUGGAGGCUCUACAAGUGAUUGUAGCUUCAGUGACACUGACAGUGGAUCCAAAUCUCGACCAGGAAGCCGAAUGGCCGUUGAAAAGUGAAUGAAUCAACGUCGUAACCAAACCAAAACUCUAAUGCAAGCUAUUAACAACAAAAAAAAUGAUCUACUAAUAAAUGAAACGAUGGCAGGCAAAAAGCGCAAUUGUAUAGAUAAAGAAAUACCUCCAAGGAAAAGUUCACCAACAAAUAUAAAUACUAAUCUUAUACUAAAUGUAAUAAAUUGUACAACCCAUGAAUGUGUACACAAAGAAAGCAAAAAAUGCACGAAAAAAUAACUUAACUUUACAAAAGUUAAUCAAAAAUUAAAACAUGUACCUUAGAUUUUGUUUAAUGUAUCAUCUUUUGCAAAAGCAAACCUCAACAACAAUUACCUAACAAUUUGACAAUAGACAUUUUGUAAGCUCUCACACACAAAAAAAAACACCAAAUCAAAUUGUAAUUAAAGUUACCCCAAAAAAACACUAAA